UGCUCUAUAAACCAACAAAAACUUUAAAAACUCAUCACCUGGCCCAAGCCCAAGUGACCUACGACGCCGUUGCCGCGCUGAAACAAAAGGCCGCAGGGCAGAAGGCGAGGCAAAAUUGCGGAGAUUCUUCCUCGUCACCGGUCAGCAUCUCUGGACAGCGGAAGAUGGAUUCAACCGAAACUCCCUUAUCCACCUCCCCAUCCCAUUCCAAUUUCAGCCAACAGCGCCAUUUCUAUCUUGCCGUGGAUAGGCUCCAAUUCAAGAUGGAAACCUUGGUGGAUCUAUUAGGCAUGGCCGGACGGCAACCGUGUCUACGCAUGGUGGUCUGCUGCAGCACUCGUGACGAGCUCGACGCCGUCUGCUCCGCCGUCUCCCGCCUCUCCUACAUUUCUAUUGCAACUCUGUAUAGUGACCAGGCGGAAGCUGAACGACCGCGGAUUUUGGAGAAGUUCAGGCAAACGGCAAUUAAUUGGAACAAUUGCACUGCCGAUGGCGAAGAAAAGAAAGAUGACAAAGAAGAGCGGAACAAGUCUCAUAUGAUUAUUGUUACUGAUGCUUGCCUGCCGUUGCUUGGCAUGGGGGAGUCGCCUAUCAGCUCUCGAGUUUUGAUUAAUUAUGAGCUGCCAACUAAAAAGGAAACUUAUUUGAGGCGUAUGGCAACUUGUUUAGCCACAGAUGGGAUUGUCAUUAAUAUGGUGGUUGGUGGUGAAGUUGCAACUCUCAAAAGCAUUGAAGAGAGCAGUGGUCUUGUCAUAGCUGAGAUGCCCAUACAUAUCUUUGAGAUGAUGUAAAGUUAGUGGGCUUGUGGAAUGUCAAAAGCUGUAAACGUGGGUCAUGCCAUUGCAAAUGAGGCGGUUUUUCCAGCUGGUUGACUUUUUCUUUCUGAAAUUGUCUGAUCCAUAAUGGUGCCAAAUAUGUACUUGCUAUGUUUAGCUACAACACAUUUGAGCUGAAGAAGAUCUUUGCUGCUGUCAGAGCAAAAAAAUAAUUAGGUGAAAGCUUGCCCAUGUUGGUGCCUAUUUAGUAUGUUGAUGUUAGAUUUUCCUUUUCUCUUAGAUAGAACUAGGGUGCGGGAAGAUUCGAAUAUUUGGAACCUAUGGUCUGUGGUAUCCUUAUCAACUCAUUAGAUGGCUGGAUAUCAUCCUUAAAAAUUCACCAUACCAUGAUUGAUCCCAGCAGUUUCUCUCUGUCUUGAAUUAGAAGUAAAGUUGAAGUCGGUAGAGAACUAAAGCUUCUGGAGAUUGGCAGCGGGGGCUUUUCUUCAUAACACUCGUAUAAAAGAUCAAUAAUACCCCAUGGUAUUGGAUGAUUGGAACCUUCCAGCCACAAGCCUUUUACUUUGUUGUGUUGAUAUAUCCAUCUUCCCAUAGCAUCAGCAUUCAGCCCAUGGUCCCAGCUCUCGCGACAUGAAUUGAAUGUUGCAAUCAAUUUAGGCACCAAAUCAGUUCUUAGUUUCCAUGAUGAGAACAGUAAAGCUGACGUGAAAAUUUUGCGUUAUUGCUCGGCUAUUUCCAGAAAUAAGCUUCUCUCCCUCUUCGAGAUGGAGCAGUAGAUACUCUUAGAUGAACAUCGCGUCAAACGGAUGGGAAGAAAGGAGGCGGAAAGAGCGUAGACGAGAAAUGGUCCCUGCCUUCUAGGAUAGUAGGUGACUCGUAUUCCAUGAUUCUCCUCGAAAGAAUGUCCAAAGGACUUUGCAAAUGUUAUUGUCGUAUUUUAGGGAAUGCCAUUCUGGAGGAUGAUACAUCACUUUUCAAGGACCUGGCUGACCUACUUUGGGGUGUCGGGAGUGAGACUGGACCCUGGACGUCUAUUGGUGCGGAGAGAGUAGUGUGGUGGAAGACAGAAGAUGUACCCUUUAAUAUCUGGAUUUGUGACAACAAAGGAGGUUUGACAUCAAUCCAAUAUUUUAGAAUCGUACGUAAAUAAUCUAUAUCUAUAUAAAUUUGAGAAGGGAUUUUUAGCAACAAGCCUCCACAUAUUUUCCCACUACCAAUUCUAUUUGUCUAGCAUUUCACUUUUAAUUUAAUUUAUAAAAUAUAUUUCUCUUAACUUCCACAUCUACUCCUCACAUUUGAAAUUGUUGGUUACUUUUUAAAAUUAUUUUAUUUGAAACUGUUGGUUAACGUGCAUGAUAUCAUAUUGGAAUUUCAACCUAUCACGUCUUCAAUUGCCUUGUGUUAUUAAUGAUUAUACUUCAAUUAAAACUUCCAUAAGACUAUAACAAGAGAUAACAAAUAUAACACCCUUUCAUGCUUUCUUUUUAAUUUAAAUAAGUAAAAUUAUUUACACUCCAUUUUGUUAUUCACACUUCAAUAAUCAUUUUGAUCAUAUAGUUUUCAUUAAUUAGAUUAUAUGAUAAAAUAAAUGGUGGAAUUGCAAAUAAUAAAAAUUUGAGUGCAAAUAACAUUUUUCUAAGUAAGAAGUGGCUUCCACGCCUUUCUAAUUUAAAUAAGUAAGAAGUGGCUCCACUUAUAUAGGAAGUUGGUUUGAAGUUUAUUAGUGGAGGGUAAAUAAAGAGAAAACAUUGCCAAACUUAGUAAAAGUAAAAAAGAAAUGAUAAUACUUUAUCUUUUAACUUAUUAAUGCUAAGUAAAAGAGCAAAAUUAAAUAGAAAACAAAAAAGAAGGAUUUAAAAAAUCAAGAAUGGUACCAUUCAUGAAAUCACUAAAUAAAAAACAAAGUAGUGCUGGCCUUUUAACUUGGAAAUUUUUUUUAAAUAUUCAUUUUUGAUAAAAAUAAUGAUAAUAACAACACCAAUUCUACCAAAAAAUUUUAAAAAGUAACAUUAUAGAUAAAGAGAAAAAUAUAGAACAUUCGACUCUAAAAUACUACUUAAUUUGUUUAUAUUUGGCCCAAAUUUGACCCUGAUUAGAUUUGAAUAAGAGUGCAAAACCUAAACACUAAGGAUAACUUUUGGUAUCAUUAAUUAUUUUAUGUAUUCUUGUUGUUGUCUUCAUAUGUAAAUAUGUAUUUUCUAUAUUAAAUAUAUAUACAUAUACAUAUUGAUUGUAGUACUUGAGGAUAUUAUAGAUAUUAUCAGUUUUCAUUUUCAUUUUCAUUUUUAGAUAUUAAUAAUUGCAACCAUUGAAAUCAAUUUUUAAAUUUAUAUUUUCAUUAUGAUAGAUAAAGUUAAAUAUAUUGGAUCGCAGGGAUAUGAAUUUAGAGAUUGGGUAUGUGGGGAGAAGGGAGGGAAAAAAAUGGUGAAGAGUUGAAAAGUGGCGAGAAAGGUUGAAGAAAAAAUGUGGGUUACAAGGAUGGGCGGAAAAAGGAGAGAAGAAAAAAGGGGAUUGUCGAGAUAUGACCAAAAAAAAAAAAAAAAA